AUUUUUGGUAAAUAUACGACACAUUUGAUUUUAACAUUUACAUUAUAUAAAAUCAGAAAUGAGUCAUAUUAGGAGUUUACGUUAUACUGUGUCUUGUUUAAAUACUUGUAAUUUGGAACCUCUUAAAAGACAUAUAUUAAUUAAAAAUGGAUAUAGAAAUGCCCACCAUUCGUGCAAAGUAUUGGUAGUUGGAGGUGGUACUGGAGGUUGUAGCAUGGCUGCAAAAUUUGCAAAUAAAUUCAAAAAUCCAAAUCAAGUUACUAUAAUAGAACCAAAUGCAUUACAUUACUAUCAACCAAUGUUUACAUUAAUUGGUGGUGGUAUAAGGUCUCUUGAAGCUUCAAAAAGACCAAUGAAAGAUACUUUACCAUCAAAUGCAAAAUGGUUUGAAGACAAUGUAAUAAGCUUUGAACCAACCCAAAAUCAAGUGACUAUGAGUAAUGGAGAUACUGUGGAAUAUGAAAUUAUGAUUGUUGCAGUUGGUCUUCAACUGUAUUGGGAAAAAAUACCUGGUUUAGUAAAAAGUCUUAAAGAUGGUCUCUCACAAGUCUGCUCCAUUUAUGGGUCUGAUACUGUUGUAAAUGUAUUUCCAAAAAUUGCAAGAACUCAGGAGGGUACUGCAAUAUUUACCUUCCCAAACAGCCCUGUUAAGUGUCCUGGAGCUCCUCAAAAAAUUGCGUACAUUGCAGAGGAUUAUUUUCGUAAAAAAAAGGUCCGUGAUAACGUGAAAGUUGUAUAUAAUACAGCUUUACCAGUUAUAUUUGGAGUUAAAAAGUAUGCUGAUUCACUUUGGGAUGUCUGCAAACAAAGAAACAUUACUGUGAAUGUUCAAACAAAUCUUGUGGAAAUAGAUCCAGUUAAACAGGAAGCUGUAUUUCAGAAGUUAGAUGGAUCAAAUGAAACGUUUGUUGAGAAGUAUUCGUUGCUUCACGUGUGCCCACCAAUGGGUCCACCCGAUGUUCUGAAGAAACAUCCUUCUUUAACAAACGAAGUAGGAUUUUUGACUGUCGAUCCUAAAACUCUACGUCAUACGAAAUACCCGAACAUAUAUGGUAUCGGAGAUUGUACAAGUACCCCAAAUUCGAAAACGAUGGCAGCAAUAGCGGCUCAGGGGAAAGUGCUAUAUAAAAAUAUUAUAGACGAUUUAGCUGGUAAACCGAUGACUAUGGCUUAUAAUGGUUAUUCGUCUUGUCCUUUGGUUACUGGUUAUAAUAAAUGCAUUUUGGCUGAAUUUGAUUAUAAUUUGCAACCAUUAGAAACGUUUCCAGUAAAUCAAGGACGAGAAUAUUUCUUCACAUAUUUACUCAAAACUUACGUUUUCCCACUUUUGUAUUGGAAUUUAAUGACUCGGUAA